ACGAACUCGGCGGCUUUCUGCGGUUUCCAACAUGAAGAGGACUUUUGACAGCAUAGCUUUUUGCCUUUCAGCUGAGAUAGGAGGGGGGUAACCUUCCAGUCAGAAUGGCAUCCGGCUUGGAGAUGGGGUGGUCAGCACUCCAGCGAGAGAAUAUCCUGGAGUUUGUUCAGCACGAUUUUGAGAAAGUUACUGAGCGCGGCGAAUACGAAAGAAUUGGAUCUCUACAGCGCCCACCCGAAUUCUUGCUGUCAGCUAUUAGUACUGUCCAGUCCGAUCUUGAUCUAUCCCUAAGUCACUUGCUCAAGGAUAUUGAGAUGAUUGGGAAGCGGCAGCAGGCGUAUCGUUACCCAGGAGUGAGCCACGACAAACUCUUUGCAGCUGAAUUUACGCAUGAGUCAGGUUAUGAUACAUGUUCAAAAUGCCAAGGUCCCACAGUUGAAAGAAAAGAGCGUCGAAUAAUUGAUUCAAGCAAUGGCGAAUACCAAGUACCGAGAAUCCACUACGGUAAUAUUGCCUCUGGAAACCAAGUUAUCAAGAAUGCACAGAAAAGAGAUGAAAUCAGCAGAAAAUGCAAGAUUCUCUGGAUCGAAAUGGAGGCGGCUGGCAUAAUGAAUAUCAUUCCAUGCUUAGUUAUCCGUGGAAUAUGCGAUCACGCAGAUUCCCAUAAAAAUGAUGAAUGGCAGGAAUAUGCUGCCGCAACAGCUGCAGCGUAUGCUAAGUUUCUUCUCUCCAUGGUGAGAGCCAGAAAGGUGGGGUGAUAUGCUGAAACACCUGGAAGCCGCGAAAUGAAAGGUUGAAAGCAUACAUAUGUAUGCAUCGAGGUAGACAGUAAUCCGUUAUUGAUCAAAACGUUAGCUAGUGAUUGGCCAUUAAAUCGAAUAUAUAACUUCAUUUCCGCGUAAUAAAUAAAU